GAUAAAUAACGGCUACUGGGCUCCGAAGCUUACUCACACUCAAACCUCCAUGGCCUCGAAGCUCUCCCGGAUUUCUCGAGUGUUGAGUGCACAAUCAAGGCUCUCGUACUCUCAGAUCUGGCCAUGGUUCUCUACUACACGUGUAUGUCGCUAUUCAAUGAUUUCAAGUCGUCCGCCGCCUUUCAGAACAACCAUCGUAUCAAUCCCGGUACCGGAAUACCUUGCGGAAGAAGAAAUCGACAUCGAGUUGCCCCCUCCAGAUCAGGUACAAAUGAACAUUACAGAGAGAGCUGCAGAACAACUGAAAAAGGUCGCAGAAAAUCAAGCUAACCCUGACGCCGCUCUUCGAAUAGCAGUUGAGUCAGGAGGAUGUCAUGGAUAUCAAUAUAAAAUGGAGCUUGCAACAAGUCGAGCUCCAGAUGACUAUCACUUCACACACCCUUCUAUCAAGCCCUCCAACAUUCUGAUCGACGCCGUUUCAUUAAGCUUGUUGAAUGGUUCAACUGUAGAUUUUGCUACCGAGCUGAUUGGUAGCAGUUUUCGCAUAGAAGACAAUCCGCAGUCAAAAGGCAAUGGUUGUGGAUGUGGAGUGAGCUGGGAAUUAAAGACAUGAUUAUCGGCAACUAGUACGUAUAUUAUGUAUCCAAGAUUGAUUGUACUCAUCAAAGGCAGAGUACUAUGCACAUCUUUGGAAUUGCGAGUUUUGGACAUUGUUACGAUAAGACACCUAGCGCUUGUAACUGGAUCGAAUGGCGAGCUUCCAGGACCUGACAUUAUGUGAGCUACGACGCACCGACUUAGGCCGAGGCUUUACGGAAGAAGAAUCCAUCUUCAUAAUUCUUCGAUAAACGCA